AACAAAUGACUACCUAUAUCGUUCACUCUUAACCUAGCCAAUGCGAAUUACGACGGACCGCAAUUGUGAAUCGACCGUGACGACUCACGACGAACCUAAACAAGCAAAAUAAGUAAUCGCGUUUUGCUGGGAAUAAUUGCGUCGUAAGAAGCAAGAAUAGUUCGGAUUCAGGGAGCAGGUUGAACACCGAAUUGUAGUUCGGUUUUGCGCUGACUGACUGCUAGACAGCAGAGACUUGAACGACUCGAGGAACUUUUCAUUGUUGAUCGCGCAGCUGACAGCUGAUUUGCGUAGCUGAACGUCACUCGCGUCAACAUGUCAACGUUCCAAGAAAACCAGCGCCGUUAUAUCCGUCGUAUUAAGCAAGCUGAAGUUUUCGCCUGAGCCUGUUGCCACAGCGUUAAACUGCAGCAUGUAACGAUUGUCAUCGUCUCGGAACGUUGACAGCGAAUUACUCGACGACCUGUGUAUUCUAGGAUCGAAGUGAACGUCCUCGACCAUCUGCUACAGGAUCUAGGUGCAUAUCGUCAUCAUGGCGACAAUGGAACGGCAAAAAUCUCGACAGAAGCGGAAGAAAGAGCGAAAUCGUAUUCCCAAUUUGCAAACUGCCGUCCCGGAUGCUCCGACCCUGGAAGAAUUUGAAUGUCUACUUGGGGAAUCCCCGACAAAUUAUCCUCGUGUCGAAGGAGUCGAGGAUAUGGAGAGCGAACUGCACGCAGCUGCUAUCGAUACCGAAAUUUAUGAGGGAGUAAAUAACUGUGCUAGAACUGCGGAGUCGAAUACUGUAAUGGAGCAGUGCACCUCUGUUGCUCGGGAAUCUAUAGUUCCCGAUUCAGUGGACACAGUUGAUGGAGAUAUACCAGUUACAUCCGUAGUUGCCGAUUCAGUGGAUACACUUGAUGCAGAUGUAACAAUUGCAUCGGCACCAUUGGAAAAUGAGGAAGAGCAACAAGUGGAAGAAUUAAAUUCUGUUCUCUCUGAAAUGCAGCUCCUGGAAGCAUCGCCAACUGCUCCAAUUAUGGAUUCGGUGAUACAAGUACUUCCGGCUGAAUCCAAUCUUCCAACAUCCGGCGUAAUAGAGAUUGAAUCAGAAAAGGAAGAUGUCAAAAAUAUUGAAAAAGCGUCUGCAGAAAAACAUCAAGAAGGAACAUCUGCCUUGAACGAGAUUAAACCAUUCACAGACUCACAGCUGGCGGCACUUUACAACAACAAAGAGUUGGUCUUGGCUGAAACAUUCGUUGCAGAAUUUGUCGAUACUCAGUUACAAAGCUCCGCUAUCAGACAGCAGCAUCGCCUCCACGAACUGCUCGUCAGCUAUCUACGCGUCAGAAAUCACUUGAUAGUCAAUUGUCAGGAACUGAAUACCUUGAAAACGGAUUGUAAAGAAACGCAAAAGCAGUUAUGGUGCCUGGACAAAGCCUCUGUUACGGAAUCUGGCGAAUGUCAAGAUGGAAAUCCAGUUAGCGCAACUCACGAGUAUCUUGUAGCUCAUUUUAAUCAGCAAACGUUGGCUGCUUUGUCUCGAACCUUGUCAAGCAUCAAAGACUUACUGCACAAUACUCAAGCCCUGCAUUGCUACGAGGCUGAACUAAUCAGGCUUCAAUUAGAGAACUAUAUUCAAAGAGUGUGCACUUUGUGUAAGGAUUUUGGAAACCUUCCUCAUAAUGCGCCGGUGAGCCUCAAGCAAGGCCAAAUUCCAUCGCGUAUAAUGCCCCAAAUGUGCGAGCUCAGGACAUGCAUCGGAAUAUUAUUUAACUUUCAACGCAGAGUUUUAAAAGACGCGAAAUUUAUAUCCGAUACGCGAGACUGGCUUUCCCGCUUAGUAGCCGUUCUUUUGAGGGUCGCUACUUGGCAGGAUCACUUAUUUUUAUUAAACCAUAUAUUGAGAUGCCCCGGCGGCAUUUCUAACUGGGCAAUUGGAUUCAUUCAAGCACCUGUCCAAUACUAUCCUGCUGGGCAGAGCACUUCACCUCUUAACGAUCCACAUAUCGAGCACAUCGUUACUGUGAUUGCAACUAUUAUGUUGCCAGUUAAGGAACGGGACAAAUUUUUGGAGAAGGUACAAAUAUCUCUCCAGGAUGCAGAAAGUACCGCAGCUGAUACCGUGUGGGUAAUGUUGGACGAAGAAGGGGAAGAAGAUGAGGAUAUUAGAAACGUCGGAGCGAAUCUUGGGGAAAGUGACUUGAUUGCUAUGCUUCAUCAGAUUCCUUUUGACAAGCUGUUCAAACUGGUUUUAUUCAUCAAUCAGGAGGGCAAUAAUUACAGUCAAGAGAAAAGUCUCGUCACUGAGCAUCACAUGCUGCGGAUUUUUGCCUUUUCCUCGAUACUCGUCAGACUGCUCAGGCAAGGUUUGAAAACCUACGAUUCCCCAAGAUACAGACAGCUUGCAAAGAGAUUGAGCGCUCUUAUUCGAGAUAUGGUGCAAUACGCGAGCGAUCAAUGGGAGGCAUUUGAUAGAACUCAGGUGGCUGACCAGUCAAUGCUCCGUAGACUGCAAACAGAGUACGACAGUUUCUUCCUCAAAGCAAGUCAAUGCAUAUUUUCAUCACGGAGACUGGGCGCUUGGCAAUACCUCGCCGCAAUUCCUUACCACAUCGUAUCCUCUGCGACAUUAUGGUAUAUUUUUUACAUGUUACACAUCACUGACUCGGCUGCUGCUAUUUCACCGUCUGCAAAACUGAGUGAAAACGAAUGGGAAGCCGAAUUAAAUUCACCAAAACUUAGAAAACAAUUCGAGGAGAAGCUCUGCGAAAUGCCAGGGGACGAAUCCUAUUUUUUGCUUACAACUUUUGCCAAUAUGGCUAUGGCCAGGCAUCGUGACGAUUAUCACUUUGUUCAAGUUGCUACUAUCGAUUUAUUUCAAAUCGGUUUCCUGAGUGAAAAAACUCAAGAAUCGUGUUCAAAAGACGCUCGAUCGUUGCUGUCAAAUUUAACAAGCAAGUAUCCUUCGCUUCUUUCAGAUCUUCUGAAAAAAUUAAAAGACAAUUUCAUUUUGAUCGGGAAGCUCAGUUUAUAUCUCUUCAUGGAACUACGAAUUGGAAGAUGGAUUCCCGAAGAAGAGGAUUUUACUAUCCUUUCCUGCUGGUUGCAUCAGUAUCCGUUAAAUUCUACUGAAAAUCAUCUCGCUCGUUUGAUCCUUUCUCACCUCAACUGGGGACUCGAUAGCGAAGACCAAUUGUGCCUUGGAAUUCAUUUACACCGUCGUGUAGCACUUCUUGUAGUUGAACUUACAAUGAAGUACGUUCCAGAUACUCCCGCACAAACGGCUUCCCUUCUGGCCGAAGGUGUCAAGCAAGUAUCCUCUAUGGUGAGACCGCAAAGUAGCGAACACGCCUUCUCGUUAUGGGCAUGGGAAAUGGUUACAAAAUUGAGAUUACAUCAGCUCGAUAGAUCAGAAAGUACCGCCCGGCACACAAUAUCAAAUCCCAGUGCUGCCCUGGCUCAAGUUCCGGAUAUCGACGCUGAUCCGUCACUGGAGAUUCUCGCGUUUGGUGUCAGAGAAAAACAACCGAUUGCUUGUUACGUCGCUGUGCUAAUGACAACGUGGGGUCAUUCGAUUCCACUGAUUUUAUUGAAAGGAUUUAACCAGCUACAGAUACUACAGUGUUACUACAAAUAUGAACAAGUUCUCAUUUCGCUUCAUCACAUAGUUCCAUUAUUUCUUGAAUGUCUGGACUCGUUGAUUAAAACCGAGAAGUUUUCAAACCUGGUCACAUCUUUAAUCACUGCGGACAGAACGUACAUGAAGAUGGCCAAGAACUUGAUUGUCUCGGAUUUUCCUGGUCCGAUUCUGAAGCUAUUCGCUAACAUGAUACAAACCCAGUUGGAAGAUUAUCGCAGGUAUUGUUUGGAAAGUCCACGAGUACUUGUUUACCUCUGGCUGAGAGCGUUGGCGUUGAUACCGGAUUGGAACCGAGAUCAGAGUGUCAUGUACUUGAUGGACAUAGUCAUUAGAGCUGCAUAUUUUCAUUUGGGUGCCAGAGCAGAGACUGAGACCAUCUUCCACAAUUUUUUUGCGCUAGCCAUUGAGGGAGGCGCAGAGAACUUGGCGUCGGGAAAGAAUUCAGGUUCAUUUGGAUCGUUUUUGAGCUGGGCUACAGGCUCCUCCACAUUGCCCAGCCUUCUCGGAGGUCCUGUACAAUCCGUGUGGUUGGCUCACCGAAUUCUUGCAACGGAACAGCAAGACAGAGAGGAAAAAACUGGCCUUUGGCGCGAAGUACUACGGGAAUUAGCCUUGCAGGGGAAAACGUCUGUAGACACCGCUCUUAAGAAAGCCUGUGCCACUGUGAAAAUACAACCAUUUGGAGCUAGCGGUCUGGCUAUAUAUCGAUGGUCCCAUCAAGCGCUGGACACUCCCAUGGACCAUCCACUCUUGGCGCUUCUUUGGCAAAACUUCUUCACAUUGUUUUUAGCCAGAGUCCCUACAGCUACUGGCACUUUGGACAAAGGUGGUAUCGGUGAGAAGUUUUUUGAAGGUAUGAUCAACUUGAGUUACUUCAAAAAGCUAAAGAAACGUCUUCACGAUACAACCGAAUACUUUCAAAUCAAAGGGGAAAGUGAUUUGGACAACGGGUCGCCGAUAACCGACGAAAGAAGAGUCUUUUAUUUCAACGCUGCCAAGUUUUAUAAAACACUGAGCUUAUGGCUUGAAGAACCACGAUUACAAGAAUCUGGAUUGUAUCUUCCCGCAUUACCGCCGCAGUAUAUGUCACAAAAGUUAGCGUUGUUAAUGCAAGGAAAUCAGGAACCGUGGUUGGAAUAUGUCGACUAUGAAUCUGUGAGAAAGAAUCAAUUGAAGGCAAUUUCGGAAUGGCAAGCCUGCAUUCUAAGAAACCCGGAAAGUCAGUCGCUAAAGACAAAUCAAACACCGACGACACCACUGGAGCCGUCGGAUCCUCUGCAGAGGAUAUUUCGGAGAAUAAACACUUACGAGCAACCGAUUCCGCCUCCUUCGCUAAGCAAAAACAACGCUUUUCUGCCUUACGUAUCAAAGGAAAGUCUAUAUAAGCCUGAGAGCAUUUUGAAUUUGCUGAAACCGCAUCUCAAAGCAAUAAUAGAAUACGCCCAAACGUAUAAUCUCAUGCUUGACGAACAUACGGCGAUAGACUGCAACUUCUUGGAACUAGUUCCAACACUCUACAGAGACGUCGAAAGUCGAGUCACUCUUCACGCUCUGUGCGAUCCUUCGCCUUCUGGACAAAAACGUUCCAGAUCCGGAACACCGCCUAUCGUUCAUUGCGCCGGACCUGCAGUUAUCAGAAUAAAGAUAUCAGAAGCUCGAGUCAGCGACGGCGUCGACCACAUGAUUAGUCAAAACAGAGCCGAGUACGAGCAAUUAUUGGUUCGAGCCGGUCAACCUCCACCUGCAAAGGUUUCUCAAGGCUGCGUCUUCGUCGAUUACCUGAUUAUGCUUCUGGAACACGAACUCACUAUCAGCCGGACCAGCGAGAACUCGACUGUUUUAAACAACGUACAAGAAACUGGGGUGAAAUUAUUUUACCAUCUGGUUGACUUUUACACAGAAGAGGCUGCUUUUUGCCCGCCGACUAAGCAGCUGAUCACGACAUGUCUAGAAAAAUUGGGCCAGUUAUUCAUCAGCGGAGAGGAAGCUCAAGGACAACGUUUAUUGAAAACGAUAAUGCAACGACCAGGAUUAGGUGGCUUACUGGGACCGCACUUCACGCCGGUAGCCGGAGGCGCGUCAACUUUCUUGCCUAUGUAUCAAACUGUCGUUGACUUAGCGACUGGGCCAAGCGCUGACCUGUGUUUCGUUUUACUGUCCAAGUUUGACGUUGGAAGCUGGCUAAAUUACAGACGACCCAGACUCAGCGAAAGAUCCACAUUCAUUGAUCUGGUGUCCAAAGCCCUGUGCAACGCUGGAUUAACUCCUGAAGACGACAAGCUUAUAUUACAUGAGCUCUUCCGUAAUCAUCUUCGACUCGUACUCCUCCACGAGUUUCCUGAGCAUUACGGCGAGGUUUUAAGUGCAAUAUUAAGAGGCAGCGAGUCACAGAGCCUUUCAUUGGAUGUUUGGCGAGAUUUACUGACUGCUCUCAGUGGAAGAUCGAAAUCCCAGGGUCCUGUACAGCCGAUAAAAGUCAGAGACGAAAUUCGACGUUACGCUACGGAACAGAGAUUGCUAUCGCGACAAGAGAUGCACGAUACCGCUGUUCUUCUGAGUAAACAUUUUAUGAAAGAACGAUUGCAAUAUGGAUUGUAUGGAUUGUACCCCAAAUAUCGAGUAUACAACGAACCAAUCGCCACGUUUCUCGGCAUGGUUGGACAUGCUCUCAUCGUGCUGACUCUUCACUCCGACAAAGGAACAUUGGCCGAUCAAUUAUGCGAGCGCAUAUGGCCAGUUUUAAGCGACAUGUUUGCACCAUGGAUUAUACCAUAUUGGACGAGGCAUCUGCGCGAGCCAACGGCGGCUUGGAUUCAGCAAUUGACAGAUGACAGAUCGGUUUUACUGCCAUGGAUCAUAGCUGACGGACCUUAUGCAAACAGAACUGUCGCAAUGUUUGUCGAGUGUAUAAGAUUCAUCAUCGAUACUAUGCCUGCGUCGAGCAAAAUUCUCUGUUUUUUAUGGCAAUUUUAUGUGACAAACUUUGCUCAUACAUCGGUCAAGGAUCAUAUCUUGAAUGUUAUUCACGGCAACUUUUUAUCGUUGCCUUGGGAGAGAUUCAGUCCUGGUACAGGGGAUAUCGAAUUGAUGGUUAAAGUCGUUGAUCAGUAUUUGCCGGAUAGUCACUUGUUCCUGGGGAGCGUCUUCACUAGUAUUAAUUGGCAAGUCUGGGCGAAUGAAAUACUGUCUGUUCAGUCGCUGGUCGUCGCUUCCAGAAUGCAUAUAUGCUUGCUAAACUUGCUCGUUAAACUUUCAAACGAACCGAAUGUCAGACAGAAUGAAAAAGCUGUGCAAAUAGUUGUGGCUGCAGAAAAGUUCGCCUGGCAUUUGGUAGAUGCUACCGCGUACGAUCAGGUGAUUAAUUGGUACGUUAUGAGCUGUGAUCCCAGAGUAAUACUUUGCCUCGAUUCCGAUCAAAUUUAUUCAAUCGAUGGAGCUAUCAAUAAUUUGUUGAAAAUUGCUGCCGCAUACGAUCCCAAUGUGACUCACUUUCAUCCUACGACAUUAAAAAAGAGACAAAUGUACGUUCGUUCUUCAGUUAAAUUAUUGGUAAAUUGCACAACUCGGCACAAGACACUUCUGACUAGCGAUCCUAAAGCAUUUACCGACGCAUUGUCCAAGAUGUUGGAUGACAUGGAGUCCGUUAUUACGAAUACCGUAUCGCAACCUCAACAAGCUGCAGAAGCUGGAUUGUUAGUUACCGAAUUGCUCCAUUCUAUAAAUCAAAGUGGUCCGCUGGUCGAACAACUGCGAACCAGCUGGGCCUCGUGGCUGUCCAGUAGAACUUCCAGCAGCCCAACGCUCAUGGGUAUUCUGCGAGUAAUAGGAAUAGCAGUCGCGUCGCCAUCCGCUCUUGGAGAACUAAUGGAAGCAGCCCUCGACGCCUACUUCAAGCAUAACGAUUUAGUCGCCGACGAGGCUCUACCAACUUGGGGUUGGGUACUGACGGUCUUGCAGCCUGUAGUUCCGCGUCGACCGCCAGUCGAGGGAGCUUUGGUGGCCGAAGGUCGUAUCUUGACACUUUAUGCGCUUUUACUCAAAAGGCUGCCCUCUUGCAGAAACAUCAAAGAGGAAGGGAUGUUACUGGUCAAUUUGAUCGAUUGGAUUUCUACCAUCAAGCCGACAGAGUUUAUAGAGGAAAAGCUACCGUUAUUAUGGAGUAAGGCUCUGGAACUAGCGUAUAGACAAUGUCAGUAUAGCGAAAACACAGUGAUCGCUGCGAGAGCAUUGAAAGGUUUGGCUCGCUCUUUACUACUUACCGCAGACGAUGUGGGACAAGGUUGGGGAAUUCUAGGAGCAAUCGGCUUAAGAAAAGGAUCUCAGUUAUCUAUAAGGUGCAAAUUUCUAAGCAGAGCGCUGGGUGUGUACUGUUUGGCGCAAUUGCCUGAAUCGAAAUCGGAGCACCAAUUGGUACGGUUUACACCUCACUCUCCGGGAGUUGCACCUUCAAGAUCCAGCGACUCAGAUUUCCAAGAUGUACGGCCAAAUGCGGAGGCCAUUAAAGCCAUGCAAACGUUAGAGGCUUUAGUUACCAACAAACAUUAUGCCGAACUGAAAGGAGAUGUUGAACAAGUCAUUCGACUCAUCAGAGACUCAGGAAAUUCACUUCACAAUGCUGUUGCUGUUGUUGGCACGCUCACUGCGGAACUUUAUAAUCAACGAUAUUUGCACGUUUUAAUUGAGUAGACAACGGUAUUUACGUGAAAUUAGUCAAACUUUGAGCAGCUAAGGAAUUCUGUGUCUUUUGUAAACAUGGAGAUUCAGAGCACGUUUGAGAAUGAGCUACGAAUCAAUAAAUUACAGUAUUCGUGUAGCUUGGGAUUAUGUUUGGAAAACGCAAUUUUAUUUGCGUCGGGCUAUUGAUUCUGAUGAAUUAAGUUAUAACAGAACCAUCAAAAUGAAUGGGUGAUGCGAUUUCAUAUGAAAUAUUCUAUUUCUUGCUCAGAAAAUGUAACAUAAAUCAAUCUCGUUACCAUUCGCGCUAAUAGGUGUACGUUACGAUUGCAAAAUCUUUAUUGCUCAAAUCAAUCAUGUUCCUUGCACGAAUGAAUUCCAAAAUCAAACAAACAAAUAGUUUAACACAAACUUCUCAGCUACAUCAAUCCUCUGAAAAUCCAUGUUUCAUGGUUUAUGUAGGUACCUAAGAGUACCUGAGCACUAAAAUACAAUUUUUUUUGCUCAAAAUUAAGUAAGUCAAGUUCUCUAGUCAUGGAAUGCAUGGAAAAUUAGAGCUCAAUUUACAGUACAUGCCAUCCAAGCGUUUACGGAUAGUAAGAAGAGUAAGAGUUAAAUUGGAAUUGUGUUUUGUAGGUUUCAAAUUUUAGUAUCUUCAUAUUCGACAAAUACUACUCUUACGGAAAAUUACUACUGGAGUAU